CGCAAAAAAUUAAAAAAUUAUGAACGUCUGUGAAUGAUUUUUAUUGUAUUUUUAAUUUGUCGCCUGUAAAAAACAAUUGUAACAAAUAAUAAUUGGAUAACAUUGGAGAAAAUAAAAUGUUUUUUGCUUUUCAGAGUCAUUACGAUCAAAUCUUUAUUUUAUCUCCGAGUAAAAGCAAAGCUGAUGGUUGUACUACUUUCGCAAAGGCAAAGACGCUUUGCGCUAUGCACGAAUCCGUCAGCACUUUGCUGCAUGUUAUUUUAAUGUUAAGAUCGCAUGACCGAAGCGCAUACUUUUUUCAAGUGCCACGCUCGUUUGUACGAUAUUUGCAUAGAGACCAUUAUGGUUAGUGUAAAAGUGACACGCGAUAGAUAUCACUUAUUUUAUCGUUUUAAUAGACAUUAACAACUCUCUUUCUUUUCUUUUUUCUUUAAUUAUUUUUUAAAAGUUUAAUUGAAAAAUGGAAAAAUCUGUUUCCUUUUUCGACAAAAUUUGAUACAAAUAUUGUAUCGUUAAAUAAGACAAAGAUGUUCUACGUAAUGAUCUAAAUAAAAGAUUCAAUUUUACGAUAUACCUAUACAAUUACAAUUACAAUUCUCGGUAUAUUCAAGUCGCGUGAUCUUCCUCAUACAUUCGAGUAUACUUGUUAAAAUAAUAUUUAGUUAGUUAGGAAAAGAGCGUGAUAUCAAUGAUUAUUACGUGCAGUUUCGAUUAAUACUUUGGAUAUAUCCUGCAUUUUGAGAAAGAAAAAAAGCAGAAAUGAACUACAUCAGUCUCGCUGUAGUUCGCUAUUUAGAAUGACGAUGCCUUCAAUCGCGAUCAUAGGAGUGCUAUUUCAAAUAGUUUCCUCCAUUAUGGUGCCAGAGUUUUGGUACGAAUUACAAGAGUUGGAGAAGUCGGAAGGAAUACAGGAAGGUGAUCGUUCCUUAAUCAUUGCUAAUACGAUGCAACGAUAUAAUAAGAGUCAUCUAAAUUCAUAUUGGACACCUUGCGUCAUGAGUUUUCUACGGGAUCAUUUGAAAUCUUCAAUGACGGUUCUUAUAACAAACUCCUCCGAAGAUAGAUUAGCUGAUAUAGAUUUGCUCGUACAUAUAUUUCAAUCCAACAUUACGAUGUAUACGUUGAACAGUGCCGAAGUUUUUAAUAAGAACGAAAAGAUAUCGUCCGUAAUUAUUAUCAUCGAAAAUCUGGAAGAUUUAAAAAGAAGAAACUGUACCCAGUAUCUCAAGUUGUGCACUUACGAGUCAUGCGAAUUUAUUGUAAUAAUAGCAUCGAGAAUUUUCAAGAACGAAGAUAACUUUCUUCAAGAAGCCAAUAAUAUGCAACAGUGGAUGUGGUUGGAACGAAUUAGUAAAAUCAUUAUUUUAGGGAAUAUUCAAGAUAUCGUCUUAUUAGCAGGUACUCGAUCCUUUAAGCCAAACGAAUUGUGUACUCCAUCUGCACCAAUUCUUUUAAGCAAAUGUCAGGAAAACAUUUGGAAAGGUGAAAGUGAAAUUGAAGACUUUCGAUUGAACGGUUGUAAACUCGUUGUUGGUUAUCAUGAUUAUCCGCCUUAUUCUUUUGUGAAUAACGAUACGAGCGAUGAGAAUAUAUUAGGAUUGGAAGGAUUCAUGAUCGAGGAGAUAUUGUCUAGUAUGAAUGGACAAUUGAUAAGAGAAUUAAUAACAUUGACGGGUAACGAAAGCAUUGACAAUGACUUUAAGAUGAUAACGUAUCAAAACGGUAUAAAAAUCGACUUCCUAAUAGGUGGUCAUCUAUGGAAUCCUGAUAAAAAUACAGACUUUACGAUCGCUUACGACAUGGUACCAUUAGUUUGGAUGUUGCCAACUACAUCUAACGUAUCGCUACGUGGUUUAGUCGCACCAUUUGGAAAAACAGUAUGGCUAGCCAUAUUAGGUGUUCUCUUAUUAGGAAUCAUCGUGAAAUUCUUCUUGAUCAAAAACAUAUCUUUUCUAGACGUUUUAGCAUUACUCCUUGGUGUUUCGGUAUUUCGUCAACCAGUAGAAACAUCAAGUCGUUUACUGUUCCUUUCUUGGGCACUUUUUAGCUUCUUCAUAAUUCAAUAUUACCUUGCGUCCUUGUCGGAGCAACUCAUUAAUGCGUCAAAUCUUCAAAUAGAGACAAUGACGGAAUUGUUGUCGUCCGGAUUGGAAUUGGGUGGAACUUCAAGAUACGUGGAUUUGUUCAAUGAUAAAGGUGAAGAUAAAGACGACAGUUACGAAGAAAAAGAUCUUACUCGGAAUAUUCAUGAAAAAUUUCAUAUAUUUUCUUACGAUGAUUAUAUUCGUCAACUUUUGGAUCUUUUUAAAGGGAAAAAUACAAGUAUAGCACUCGUUGUUAAACUAAAUGUUUCCGAUCAUCAAUUAUUGAAUUUACCGACAGCUCACGUCAGCAUAUUGAAAGAGAAUAUGGGAACUCAUCCUUUAGCUAUUGCUACUUGGAAAGGAUUUCCAUGCUUGAAAAGGAUUAAUAUAAAAAUGCAAGAGUUAAUAGAGAAUGGCAUUGUAAAAUAUUGGGCUAGGUUAAUUACAAUGAAUGGGAAUUAUUUUCAUUCGGACGAUGAGACAGAAUCUGAUACCGUUAUCGACCUCGAAAGCGUAACUCCCAGUUUUUUAUUAUUACUUAUCGGUUAUCUUGUUGGAUUUUGCGUUUUUAUUAUCGAGCUAAUAGUUUUUCCAAGCAAAUUUCUAGAAUAA